CCCCUCCAAACUAACUGGACCUCUGCCCUCUGCGAUUUUACCCCUCCAUCCUCUGUCAACCCCACUUGGAUUCCCUUUACCUGCUUUUGCUGCCCUUGUCUUUAAAGCAGUAGCUUCCCUCAGCUUCCUUCUCUGACAAUUCUUUCCCACCAACAUCACCACAAACACACACUCCAAUCACUUCACAAAUCACAACCGACAAAAUGGGUGUUACCAAGACGACUCACCAGUCCGGCUCCGGCGCCAUCCCCAAGCCCGGCCAGACUGUCACCAUUGAGUACACUGGCUUCCUCAAGGAUACCUCCAAGCCCGACAACAAGGGCGCCAAGUUCGACUCCUCCGUCGGCCGCGGCGACUUUGUCACCAGAAUUGGCGUCGGCCAGGUCAUCAAGGGCUGGGAUGAGGGUGUCACCCAGAUGAACGUCGGCGAGAAGGCUACUCUCGACAUCACCAGUGACUACGCCUACGGCGAGCGCGGCUUCACCGGCCACAUUCCCCCCAACGCCGACCUCAUCUUCGACGUUGAGCUCAAGAAGGUCCAGUAAAGCAUCAAAGCUGUACUUCGUUUCGCGCAAGCGGUUAGCUGGAAAGAUGACAUGGAGUAGGCACACGCGGCCUAUCUUACAGGGUGGAUAGUACAGUUCCUAGAGCAUACUCGGGCCCAAAUAUACUCUCUUCAACUGCCGCGUAA